AUGAAGGAGUGUAAGUUGUGCAACGUCAACGGAUGGUGCGAGAGUCGAACAACUGACUUUUCUAUAAACUCCCUGAUGAGGCCGGCUGCCCAGCAUCACGGCCAGGAUCCGGCUGAUGCCGUUCUGCUAUCUACAUACCUGUUGAAACUAGGUGAUUAUCCAUUAUAUCCGCUUCACGAUUACCACUCCAACGUCGGUGAGUAUCGUGCACUCAAGUAG